UGUGUAUGUAUAUAUUGUUCAGGAGUGGUUCUUGGACGGUCAGGGGGGCAGAAGUCAGAAGAUAGGAGCAUAUGUGACACUUUUGCACCUACUAUUUUAUUGGAAUUCGGACAGCAAUUUUGUUGGGGUUCGUGUUUUUUUUUUUUUGUUGGGGGUUCGUGUUAGACAUUGGACUGGUGGUGGUAAGGAGACUUUACGUGAUCACAAAGUUUGAUACAUGGAUCUUCUUUUUAGUUAGCAUCUUUGAAUAAUUUAAAGUGUGUAUGUGUGUUGGAUUCUUUGAUUAGGAGAUUUCAUUAGGAGCGAAUUUGUGCUUCUCUUAGUCUCUGUCAUCAUUUCGUACCAAUAGGACUGAAGAGGUAAGCAUAACGUGACAAACUGACAAGAGAACUAGGAGCCACUAACGUCACUGUCUGGAACCAAAAAAAAAAAAAAGAUUGGGUAAGGAAUUUGUGAGCAUAUUUCCGAUCAUAUUGUGCAAUAUUGUAAAAAUAACAUUAAUACUUUUUGACAUCUUGUAGAAAACAUGAAUUAUUUUUUAAAAAAUACUCUAAUCGGGCGGAGAAAUUAUAGGAAUUAAAUACCAAAAUUUCAUUUAAAAACGGAAUUAGUAUUUAUAUUUUCAAGUAUUUCAACAUUAGCCUAGGAAAAAGAGGGACAGCUCUAAAAAUAAAUAGAGAAAACCGUAGAGAAAGCAUAGAUAUCAACGACGGCUCCACAAGAAACCCUAGAAAACAGGAACACAGAGAGAAAGACAGAGAGAAAAAAAAGAGAGGGAGAGAAGAUGGGAGAUGGUGUAACUCCUCCGCUUUUGAUAACAGAGACAAACACGACGAUGAUGCGUGUUAAGGGAGAAGUGAAGAAACAGCUAUGGCUUUCUGCUCCUCUCAUUGGUGUAAGCCUCCUUCAGUACUCUCUCCAAGUCAUCUCCGUCAUGUUCGUUGGCCAUCUCGGUUCUCUUCCCCUCUCCGCCGCCUCCAUUGCCACCUCCUUCGCCUCCGUCACCGGUUUCACAUUCCUCUUGGGUACAGCGAGUGCUUUGGAGACACUAUGUGGCCAAGCGUACGGAGCAAAGCUGUACGGGAAGCUAGGCAUUCAGAUGCAAAGAGCAAUGUUUGUUCUUCUACUACUCUCUAUUCCUCUCUCGGUCAUUUGGUUCAACACAGAACAUAUACUCGUGCUUGUUCACCAAAACAAAGACAUUUCAAGUGUUGCUGGCUCGUACGCGAGGUACAUGAUCCCGAGCCUCUUUGCGUACGGACUUCUUCAGUGUAUCAACAGAUUCUUGCAAGCGCAGAACAAUGUGUUCCCUGUGUUUGUCUGCUCUGGGAUCACCACUGGUCUUCACUUGCUGCUUUGUUGGUUGUUUGUGCUGAAGACGAGUUUAGGAUACAGAGGAGCUGCUCUCGCGAUUUCCAUCUCUUACUGGUUUAAUGUCAUUCUCUUAUCUUGCUACGUCAAGUUCUCGGCUUCCUGCUCGCAUAGCUGGACAGGGUUUUCAGAAGAGGCUUUUCAUGAGAUUUAUGACUUUUCUAAAAUUGCUUUUCCUUCAGCAGUUAUGGUCUGUUUGGAGCUAUGGUCCUUUGAGCUUUUGGUUCUAGCUUCAGGGCUUCUUCCUAACCCGGUUUUAGAAACUUCUGUUCUUUCAAUCUGUCUAAACACUUCACUAACAAUUUGGCAAGUCUCAGUUGGUCUUGGUGGUGCGGCAAGUAUAAGAGUCUCGAACGAGUUAGGAGCAGGGAACCCACAAGUGGCAAAGCUUGCUGUAUACGUCAUUGUAGGUAUAGCAGUCGCCGAGGGUAUAGUGGUCGUGACUGUUUUGCUGUCGGUUCGGAAGGUUCUAGGUCGAGCUUUUAGCAGUGACCCGAAAAUCAUUGCAUAUGCCGCAUCCAUGAUACCCAUUGUGGCCUGUGGAAACUUCCUAGAUGGUCUCCAAUGCGUUCUCUCAGGGGUUGCUAGAGGAUGUGGAUGGCAGAAAAUUGGAGCGUGCAUAAAUCUUGGAUCGUAUUAUCUUGUCGGAGUUCCGUUAGGUUUAGUGCUUGGUUUCCAUUUCCACAUCGGUGGUCGGGGGCUUUGGCUUGGAAUUGUAACGGCACUAGCUGUUCAAGUGUUGGGUCUUUCCUUGGUCACUAUAUUCACAAACUGGGAUAAAGAGGCAAAGAAAGCUACAAACAGAGUUGGAGACAAAGAUGACAAAGAUGAUACAAUUCCAAAAUGAGUAAAAACAUUGCAUUUCCAAAUGAGCAUAACUUAAAACGUUACUGAAAAAUAAGUACGUUGAUUCUUCUAAAAUAAUUUAUGAGACAAAAGUCCAUAUUUGCUCUUAUCUUUCACUUGUGAACUUGUGGUAUUCCACUCUGCGUCGUUGCUUGUGGUAGCUGCGUUAUUUUGAGCAUCAGUUUGAAAAAUAGAAUUUUGUGAAUGAGGGUCUGGCUCUCUCGUAGAACCAGUGCAGCUUGUAAAGAAAUAGUGUUUCUCUACUCAACAAGAGACUACGAAAAGUAAUAAGAAAGUGUACGUAAUUG